AUGGCCCCUCUCAUCCGUGUCGUCGGCUCCCUCAAUGCCGAUAUGGUGUCGGUCACUCCUCGGUUCCCCGAUGCUGGCGAGACCAUCACCGCGUCGUCCUAUUUCACCAGUGCUGGCGGCAAGGGCGCCAACCAGGCUGUCGCGUGCGGACGGCUGUCGAGAUGCCAGCCCUCAUUCACACCCUCCAGUAGUGAUGUCCAUGUCGAGAUGGUCGGCGCGGUCGGCGCAUUGGAUGGCCACUUCGCGGCGCUGUUGAAGCCAACGCUCGAGAAAUCCGGUGUCGACCCGGCGCGCAUACAGGUGGUGGAUAACGCAUACACGGGGGUGGCAGUUAUUAUCGUCGACUCGUCGGCCGGUGGCGAGAACCGCAUCCUCUUCUCGCCCGGCGCCAAUUAUCAGGGCAUGCAGCCCACGCCUGAGGUCCUGGGCAUGGCGCUGGCGGCCCCGGUGCCGGACGUGAUCGUGAUGCAAGGCGAGAUCCCUGUCGAUACAGUGAUCGGGACGCUGCGGGCGAUUGCGAAAUAUAGGAAUGAGAACCGGGCUGCUGGCAAACGCGGCAUCGAGUGCGGGCCCGACGUCAUGGUCAACCCAGCCCCCGCCCCUCCCGGCGGCCUCCCCGAGGAUGUCUAUACCGCCGUCGAUCAUUUGAUCCUGAAUGAGACCGAGGCCGAGCUGAUGACCCCGCCUGCCGAGCAACUCUCCCGCCGGCUGCCCGAGGCAGCGAGCCUAGAUGGCAAGGAGAAGGUGGCUCGGUAUUUCCACCAACUGGGCGUGACCUACGUGCUCAUCACGCUGGGGGCCAAAGGUGUCUGGUACAGUGCCACUGAUGGCGGGUCGUCAGGGCCCAGCGACGGGGUGCGGCGCUUCACCAACGAAAUUCCCGCGGCACCAGUGUCUCGAGUGUUGGACACCACUGCCGCCGGGGACACGUUCGUGGGAGCCUAUGCUGUCAAGGUGGCACGGUGGCGCGAACAACGUCGUGUCGAGGGUAAAGCCGGUCAGGAUGUCACAGAUGCCGAGAAACCCCAUCGGUACCAGACUUUCAUGGACGACGCUAUGCGACAGGCAGCGCGCGCAUCCGCUCGCGGGGUGGAGCGCCAGGGCGCUAUGGACAGUAUUCCGUGGGAGGAUGAGGUCUAA